AUGGCAGACACACAAUAUACAAUUGUUUCACUAAGAGAAUUAAAUACCAAACUUACAGUUGAGAUUAGCGAACUUAGAAAGAAGUAUGCUGAGCUUGAAGCUAAGAAUAUCAAAGUCGAAGCUGAGAAUGCAAAAUUAAAACAAGACAAAGAAGAGGUUGAAGCCAGAUUCUUGAAUCUAGAGCAGAGAGAUAGGGAAAAAACUGGCCUUAUCGCUAAACUGAAACAUGAUGUCUCACUAAUCAAGGAGCAAAGCUUGCAAAAUGGGGGCAAUGGAUAUACUGAUAACGCAUCUGAUGAUGCAGAGUAUCGAACAUCUGAUUCUGAUAUAUACCAAGUAAAGGAUAACCAUAUUUCACAAUCUAGUAAAAAUAAAGUACAGAAAUUCAUGGCAGAAGUUUCUAAAAACUCUAGCUCGUCUAUUAGUAAUGCAGACAAUGAUGUGAUACCUACAACUCUGAAUAAAACAGAAUCUCAACCCAGCAAUAAUAGCUUCACAUUUUUAUACGAAAAACUUUGUAAUGCUAUAAUUCUCGCUGACCGUAAAAUCCAAGAAGCAAUCUUAUGUUAUUGUAAUUUUGGUAAAGCUCUCAUUCAAAGACGUAAUGAAUUAGCAUCAGAAAAACAAGUUGAUCCGGAAUCUAAUGCAGUUAGUAGAAUUUUAAAUAAGGAAGUUCGUAUGGAUAAAAUUUAUCAAAUACAUUCCUUUUCCACUGAUAGUAUCUCAAAAAUGACAAACAAAGAUAUUCAAUAUAUUAUAGAUAACAUACCAUUUGAUUAUAGUAUUAAGAUAGAACCCGCCCUAAAAUCCGAAUUCUCUGAACCGAGUUCAGGAAGUGAUCAGCAAAUUUCUUGCAAAAAAGAAAAUAAAGAUUCAGAAUUUUCAGAAACAAAGGUAACUACUACAAUCACUUCCUCUAUCCUAUUGUCUCACACUUUUAAUUCGGGAGAUAAGUUAAGUAAUGAUCGAGAUUCUGAUUCAUCAGAAGUCAAGAUACAGGUGAGUGUGCCCGAUGAUGAAGAUUCCAACUAUGAUUACGAUGAUGAAGAUUUCUCCGAUGACAACAACGAAGAUGAUGAUAAGGACGAUAGGAGCUUCUGCGGUUUUUCUGAUGACGAUGAAGGUUAUUAUUAUGAUUUAAAUACCGGUGAAACUUAUACAAAAUCAGAACAUCGUUAUUCAAUUCACGACCUUGGAUUAGACGUUACUGGGUUAGACGGUGUUGAGUUAGGUGGUGCUGGGUUGGACGGUGCUGGGUUAGACGGUGUUGAAUUAGGUGGUGCUGGGUUGGACGGUGCUGGGUUAGACGAAAACAAUU